AUGUCUGACCUAGCCCCUGCCCCGCAGGAGGUGCGAGUCCUCGGGCAGCGGUUCCGCAACCCGGUGGGCCUAGCGGCCGGCUUCGACAAGCAUGGCGAGGCCGUGGAUGGGCUGUACAAGAUGGGCUUUGGCUUUGUGGAAGUAGGGACUGUCACACCCGAGCCCCAGGAGGGGAACCCCAGACCCAGGGUCUUCCGGCUGGCGGAGGACGAGGCGGUCAUUAACAGGUAUGGGUUCAACAGCCACGGCCACGUCGCAGUGGAGCGGAGGCUGCGGGCCCGCCAGGAGACACAGCUCAGGCUCACUAGUGCGGGGAUGCCCCUUGGAGUCAACCUGGGCAAGAACAAGAGCUCUACUGAUGCUGCAGCUGACUAUGUGGCUGGGGUCCGGAUGCUGGGCCCUUUGGCUGACUACCUGGUUGUGAAUGUGUCCAGCCCAAACACCCCAGGGCUGCGGGACCUGCAGGGCAAGACUGAGCUGCGGGACCUGCUGACCAAGGUGCUGGUGGAGAGGGACGUGCUGCCCUGCGAGCGCAAGCCAGCUGUGCUGGUGAAGAUUGCCCCUGACCUCACUGCGCAGAACAAGCAGGACGUUGCUAGUGUUGUCUGUGAGCUAGGUGUGGAUGGGCUGAUUGUCAGCAACACCACCGUGAGCCGCCCCAGCAGCCUCCGGAGCAGGCAGUGCACAGAGCCUGGGGGCCUCAGCGGGAAGCCCCUGCGGGAGCUCUCCACGCAGACCAUCAGGGAGAUGUACUCCCUCACCCGAGGCCAGGUGCCCAUCAUUGGGGUGGGUGGGGUGAGCAGUGGGCGUGAUGCCCUGGAGAAGAUCCGCGCUGGAGCCUCGCUUGUGCAGAUGUACACAGCGCUCGUGUACCAUGGGCCGCUGGUGGUGGGGACAGUGAAGCGGGAAUUAGAGGAGCUGCUGAGGGAGCAGGGGUUCAAGAAUGUCAUGGAGGCAGUUGGAGCCGAUCACCGGUGCUGAUGCGCCACAGAACCAACGUCUAGCCAGGAGGAGCUGUGGCCAAGCAGGGACAGGUCUGAUGCUUCCAGUGCUGGGCAGGCUGGGACUGAGCUGAGGUCCUGGUCCCAGCCCCUGAGAAGGGUCAGUGAUGGGUGAAGCUGGGGCUGCACUGGUGGGGAGCAGGGGAGGGGGCCUCCACACUGGUGCCGCUGUCCAGGGCUGUAUUUUGGCUUUCCUGUGGGUUGGGGUCCCCAGCAGAAAUGAGCGCUGGGUAAGGCUCUGCUGGGUGGUGAGGAAAGCUCCUGAGGGGACAGCCCUGCAGUCCUGUGCCCUGCCUCCUGCUGCAGCACUGCCCCAUGGAGAGCACACCUUCCCUGGUGUUACUG